AUUUAGUAGCAUUAUAUGUACUGUUUUCUUUCCUUGCCUUCUCAUCGGUCGUUCACUUGUUUUAAUUUGGCCUACUUGUUUAUUGUUCCUAGUUUAACACCCAUUUAAAUCCCUACCAGAUGUAGUGCGUUAUCAAGACUUAUUUUUAAUUAAAACAAAACAUCACACUGCAAAAUGCCUAGCAUGAGAAAGUAUCGAAGGGACACCAGCGAAGUCAGCUGUUGUUUGAAAUAUGUUAUAUUUGGUGUAAAUGUAUUGUUCUGGUUCCUUGGUUUAAUCGUACUGGCCGUCGGAGUGUGGGCGUGGACUGAGAAGGACACCUUCAACAAUCUCUCCCGUCUUACUAAUAUAGCCCUCGAUCCUGCUUUUAUAUUAAUAUGCGUUGGGACGAUAACAUUCAUAAUUGGCUUCACUGGUUGCGUGGGCGCGUUGCGUGAGAACACAUGCUUACUGGCCUGUUAUGCAGUAUUCCUUGCUCUAUUGCUGCUGGCGGAAAUGACAACGGGAAUACUGUUCUUUGUUUUUAAAGAUUGGAUCAAACAACAAGCUACAAGUGGUUUCCAAACGUUUAUCGCGCACUACAGAGAAGAUCCCGAUCAGCAGAACCUGAUUGACUGGAUUCAGGAAGAUUGGUUACAAUGCUGCGGCGUAGAGGGUCCUUCGGACUGGGACCGCAACGCCUACUUCAACUGUUCGAGCGGAGCCGUCGGCUCGAGAGAGGCUUGCGGCGUUCCCUUCAGCUGUUGUAGGAGCAAACCGCAGGACAUCAUUAGGAAUAAGCAGUGCGGGUAUGACGUUAGGAAGCGGACUUAUCAAGUAAGCGAGCGCGUGAUUCACGAACGAGGCUGCCUAGCGGCGGGAGAAGAUUGGCUCCAAAGGAAUUUCGUCCCUGUAGCCGCGGUCAUUCUGGGCCCGCUGGCUUUGAAGGUUUUACAAAACUUUGACGUAGCUAAGAUAAUAUAUGACAAGGGCUGCUUAGAGGCCGCCGAGGAGUGGUUUGACCACAACCUGUUGAUUGUAGCCACAUCCGCUGUUUGUACUGCUUUUGCACAAAUAUUGGGAAUAUGCUUCGCGCAAAACCUGCGCGCGGACAUCUUCGCGCAAAAAGCGAAGUGGCACUGACAAUCAGCCUCUCCUGCCGCCGUGUGACGCCGCCCGCGCCGCACGCGCGACCCCUAUGGACAACUCUACGCGCGCACGUAACACAGUUUGAAUUUGAAUUUAGAACCCUUCUCAGUUCCUCCCAAAGAUUUUUUUCUCUUGGCUUCCUAAAGAUGUUCAACAUGCCAGUUUGAAUUUGAAUUUAGAACCCUUCUCAGUUCCUCCCAAAGAUGUUUUUACAAGCUUUAUAUUGACUUCACUUUUUUUUCUCUUGGCUUCCUAAAGAUUGAAUGCCAGCCAGUUUGAAUUUGAAUUUAGAACCCUUCUCAGUUCCUCCUAAAGAUGUUUGUUUUUCUCUUGGCUUCCUAAAGAUUGAAUGCCAGCCAGUUUGAAUUUGAAUUUAGAACCCUUUUCAGUUCCGUCUCAUGAUGUUUAUGUGCCAGUUUAAAUUUGAAUUUGGAACCCUUCCUAGUUCCUCAUAUUGAUGUUUUUUUUCUCUUGACUUGCUAAAGAUGUUCGUAACAUGCCAGUUUGAAUUUUAAUUUAGAAACCUCAGUCCCUCCAGUGAUGUUGAUAACACGCCAGUUUGAAUUCGAACUUUGAAACAAGUUUGAAUAGAUAUUUUUACCAGUUCUAAUGAGGUUUACAAAAGCAGACUUGGUGUGAUGUGAUGUCACUAAAACAAUAGAAAAACUUUUUAAUGUUCCAAGUUAAGUCUGAAGUGUAACCAUUUAAAAAAUCAUAAAAUACAUUUUAGUUCCUUAAAUUCAGCCACAAACUGAAUGAAUAAAGAAAGAUGCAGGCAUCUCUUAUCACUUGAAUUAUCUGUAUAACUUGUGUGUAACAAUAUGACGUAUUUAUUAUAUCAAAGUUUUUCCAACUAACAUUUAAAGAAAACGCGCUACUGACCUUAAAAAACUUGUUGUUGUAAAUGUGUAACGUGUUAAAUAUUGUAAAACAGAAACAAGUAGGUCUUAAAAAGUAAGGCGUACUUCUCAAUUGUAAGUCUAAUAUUGUACCUUAUUGUUAUUAGGGUAAGAACCUCACGACGUAAUCUCACUUCGUCUUACUAUCCCUACGGCUUUCAUAAGUGUUACUAUAAAAAUUUUUGGAUAUUGAAUUUUCCCAUUUUGUGGCACAUUUCUUAACACCUUCCUACUUUCCGUUCACGAACUGCUUAGUUGUAUGGUAUUACGUAAACAAUUACAAUUUGAACCUUAAUACAGUUAAGAUAAUGCGCAGAAUACAAUAAAUCAAUAACGAACAAGCAAAUAAGACCCAUAUUUGCAGCGCUCUUAUGAUUGAAUUCGUAUCAUGCGACUAAGCACACUCGUGGACAUUUCUCCCUUUCAUAAUCCGAUUGUGCCUGUUACAUUAUAAGAUGUUAAUAACAUGUUAGAAAUAUCCAAUGUAUUAUUGCCAGUGGAUGUCUAAGCUCUUUAACACUAAGAUCCGUAUUACAAAACGAAGUCCAAAAUUCGAUUCAAUCCAAAGCAUAAAUUGGGUUUAAACGUCAACGUUAAGGCCAAUUUACAGUGCAGAAUUUUUUUAGCAUGGAUCGAGUUUUGGGUCGUUUUCGUAAUAAGGGCUUAAGUGACUGUUAAAUAUUGUUAAACUAAUACAGUGUGUUAAGAGCUAUAGAUGUUCUAAAGAGAUGUGUUCAAUUAUUGGCCAAUUACUAGCCUUAACGGGAGCUGUGAGAUGAAUUUAGUAUCUGACUUAAAUGUUAUGAAGAAUUAGUAAAAUUGAAGGAAAAGACAAUGUUAUAGAUCUGCCAUCGUGGUAUUCAUAAAGUACAAUUAUUUAUUUACAUACACAGAAGUUUAUUCUGCAAUGGUAUUUGAAAAUCGUUCCUGUGUCGAU